AUGGAAAUUGCUCCCGAUGAGCUCCAACUGAAACGAUUCAAGCUACAGGGUGCUAAAUCCAUCUAUAUAGGUUGCAAGGUUGAGGUGGUAAAAAACUGGAAGGCACCGAAGACAGUCAAGAGCGUCCACUUCGGGUUCUGUAACUUGUAUCGGCGGUUUAUACGGGAUUUUGGGAGAUUAGCAAAACCGCUGAACCAUUUGACGAAAGGGACGGUGCAGUUCAGGUUUGACGAGAAGUGUGUGGAGGCGUUUGAGGCAUUCGAACUUGCGCUCACCACAAGCCUAGUUAUUGCGCAUUACAAUACCGAGCUGGAGAGCAUGAUUAAAACGGUUGCGUCGGACGGAGUCGUAGCAGGAGUACUGUCACGGUGGCAGCCCAAUUCCGAGUGGCAUCCGGUGGCUUGCUUCUCGAAGACGAUGACUCCGGCGGAGUGUAAUUACGAGAUACACGACAAAGAGAUGCUCGGGAUUGUGAAGUCGUUGGAUGCAUGGAGGCCAGAGUUGGAAGGCUUACCUACUAGGUUGCAGGUGUUCACGGACCAUAAGGCGUUGGAGUACUUCAUGAUAACGAAGAGGUUUACAGCCCCACAGGCCAGUUGGACCGAGCACUUGUCCCAGUUUUAUUUCACGAUCAUGGACAGAUCCGGAAAGCAAAAUGGCAAAGCGGAUGUACUGAUGCGGCUGGCAGAUGAAGCCCAGACACAAGACGAACUCAAAGACCACCAUCAUACGCGUGCUCUCCUCUUCCCGGAGAGCCUGGAGUCACAGAUGAUCACCAAUCUCGGGAUAUUCGAGUUGGACCUGUGCCCGGUGGCGGUAGAUGACGCAGAGCCUCUGUUCUUAGUGGAAUCGGCUGAUUGUUGCCGCUAA